AUGCAACCCUUCAUUUUCGAUCCCCCUCCACCACCUCCCCCAAAGGCCUCGGGCACUGUCGACCAGCAGCAGAGCUUGCAGAAUCAUCCAGCAGCCGCAGCCGGUGAGCAGGACACCUCGCAGCGAGGGAGAGGACGGGGCAGAGGUGGUGGUAGGGGCGCUGGACAGCGGGGUGGAGGAGGAGGGAGAGGGAAGGGAAGAGUUAGGGGAGGAAAUCUGGACUAUGGUCAGCCCACAGCUGCUGCUUCGUCUGAUCUCCUCGUGGCCCAGCAAGCAGCAACACCAAACAUCCCGCCAAUGACGUUAAAUUCCUAUUACCAAGGCUACACCCCCGACGCAAGCAUUCUCUCAAAUCCUUAUGGACAAUCACCCAGUUCGUCUAUAACCACAGCAGCUCCUGGGCUGGGCUAUGAGUCAGCGAUUUAUAACGCCGACGGUUACGCUCUGAGCAGCACGGCGCUAUUCCAGUUCCCCUCCACUACCCCAACCCCAACUCCAGCUCCACCACGCCCCCCAAACACCUCCGCCACCCAUGAACCCGACGACCUCGACGAAGAAGCCGCCUCAUCCACCACACUCCGCGCAUCCGGCGUCACAAUCCCCGGCACAACGAUCUCCCUCGACACACCCGAAGACAUCGCAGCCUGGAUCGCGGAGCGAAAGAAGAAAUGGCCGUCUGCGUCUCGUGUUGCUGAGAAAGACGCUGAAAGACAACAAAUGGUGGAGGCGCGGAAGAGGAAGGCGGAGGAGGAGGGGGUGGAUGGUGCGGGUGGUGGAGGCGGUGAUGAGGAGAGUGGUGGAGGAGCGAAGAAAGCGAGGGAUGAACGAGUGUGUGUUUUUUUCCAACGGGGACGGUGUCGCAAAGGUCGGCACUGCCACUACAAACACGAACGUGGUGGGCAAAAUCCCAACCCGACCUCCUCCGGCCCGAAUAAAGGACAAGGGCCGAAUCAAUCCGGUGGUAAGGUGGAGGCAUUUAGGAAGGGAGGAAGGAAAUCGCUGUAUGAGAGGUUGUUGGAGCAAGAUCGGGAGAGGGAGAAUGGGUUGUUGUUACAGGCGAUAUGUUUUCUGGUUGAUAAUGGGUUUACGAAGAAUUAA